AUGACGUCGUCCUCGUCCUCCUCCUCCUCCUCCUCCUCCUCGGAAGAAGAGGAAACCUCCCCCACCACCGCACCCGCCACCGCCCCCGCCCCCACCACCGCACCAGCAAACACCGCCGCCACCAACCCCGCCCACCAAGACAAGAUCAAAUCCGCAAUGCAAUCCCUCUCUUCAAUCCUCUCAUCCCCGCUCUCCUCACACGACCCCUCCGCCCUCUACCCUCCCAUCUCCGCCCUCCUCCGCCGCCCAAACUCCGGCACCGGCGACAACAACCUCUGCCGCUGGCUAUACGACACCUUCCAAUCCUCCGUUCCCGACCUCCAACUCCUCGUCCUCCGCUUCCUCCCUCUCAUCACCGGUCUCUACCUCUCUCGAAUCCAUAACCGAAAGCCUCAAGCCGGUUUUGAAGCCGUUCUGUUAGCAUUCUACGCGCACGAAACAACCUCACGCGCCGGACAGCCCGUAACCGCCACGCUCCCUGAUCUCUCCCACCCUAGCCUCUACCACGAGUCAAAAACUCCACCGCCUUCGAAAAACUCCGCCACGGAUCUCAACAUCGCCGUUGUUUCCCCAACGCUCGAGCCUCACGGAACUGUUAGGUCAACGAGAAGAGCAAGAAUCGUCGGCGUAGCGUUAGAACUCUUCUACAGCAAGAUAUCUUCAAUGCCGACAGAAUCGAAGGUGGAUUUCUGCGAGUUUUGUAAGAUUUGGGCGGGACAAGACGGUAGCAUGUAUAAACAUUUCGAGGAAGAAGGAAUAACAGAAAUCAAAAUCGACGUGAAAAAGAAAGAGAAAGAGAAAGAGAAAGGUAAGGGUAAAGGUAAAGGUGGUGGAAAGGCGGUGGAGGAGACGGCGGCGGCGGAAGGGAGGAUACCGAUGCCGUGGGAGCUGAUGCAGCCGGUGGUGAGGAUUCUGGCGCAUUGUUUGAUGGGACCGGGGAGUAAUAAAAAUGAGGCGGUGUUCGCGGCGGCGAAUGAGGCUAGCCGGUGCUUGUUUGCACGGUCCAUGCAUGAUGUGAACCCCAUGGCUAUAUUGGCCAUGAGGAGCUUGUUGAGGCUUUCUAAGACUCUUGAUGAUGAGUUUGAUCCAACUGAGUUACCUGUAACUGAUAUUAUUACCCUUUAGAUUGUUUUUUUUUAUAUGAAUUUUUAAGA